UUCGCGGAAGAGACGCACUGGUGAACGGUGGUACAUCGAUCGAAACAAUUAAAAAUCACGCGUGUGCUCCGUGACGCAUAGCAUCGCGUUGACACGAUUUAACCCCCGGGUAACACCGAGUGCCCCGCCGGGAUUGAAAUGAUCGAGGGCGAGAAGGAUCGCGGGCAGAAGAGUAGCGGCAUGCGCAUAACAUGGAGCUUCCGGUUUCCGUCUAUGGGCACCCUGCAAAAUUUAGGCGCCAGCGGCCGUCGUCGAAAGAGAAACGGCAUGUCCUCCUCAGCCUCUUGUAAGGAUCUCCAUCAGAAGCGACACACGAUCCAUCUACAACAGGAAAUAAUUAUUCAGAAGGAGCCCUCCCUCAUCGUGACGCCGCUGUCACCGGAAGAUCCGAGCGACGAGAGCCGGAGGUCGUUCGAGGUGAGAGCCGAGGAAGAGGAGGAGGAGGAAAAGGCGGCGGCGGUGGCCAGAAGGGAGGAACACGACGAGGACUCGGGAGAGUCUCGGAGAAGGGUUGAAAGCUACGACGACUACUCGAAUUUACCGAUGGAGCCACCGGAAGAGUCGACGCGCAAGCUUUUGGAGCGGGAACUACGACUUCUGGAUCCCAGGGAUCUGAGAUCGCACGCUUGGUACCACGGCAGCACGCUUCGGGGCGGCAGGAAGGGCGCUGAAACGGAAGUGCCGAACGACGGUGACUUUUUGGUGCGUGACUGUGCCUCCCAGCCCGGAAACUAUGUCCUGACGGUCCGAUGGAAGGGUCAGCCUCUUCAUUUCGUCAUCAACAGAGUCGUCAUCCAACCAGAAACAGUGUACGAGAGGGCGCAGUACCAGUUCGAGGACGAGGCGUUCGACACGGUCGCCGAUCUGAUAACCUUCUACGUCGGUAGCGGUAGACCGAUCAGCCAAGCAAGCGGUGCUCGGAUAAUCACCCCUAAGCCAAGAUCUGUCCCACUGACCUGCGUGGCAGCGCCGACGAACAGUCAGCACUGUUCCAGUCCCUCCUCCUCGUCCCUAUCAACCGGCUCCCCGCCCCGUCUGCCUAGAAAACAACAACGAAGUCAUUCGUUGACCGCUCAGCAUCAUCCCACGGAUCAGCACGAUGUUCGUCAAACCGUUUCCUCGAAUCAACAGGCACCAAUUCACAGCCAGGUGCAAUCGAGCACUCUCCCACGAGUACCACCUGUUCAGAAUCAACCGCCAUCCUGUUCCUUGUCGUUGGGUCGUCAGAAGAUCACCAGGGUAAUUUCGGACCCGGCGCUCCAGCAGCAACAGCAACCAGUGAUCCAGCAGUCGAGCUUAAAUCACCAUCAGAAUUCUCAUAACGCAGCUCCUCCGAAGCCGCCCAGAGUGCCCUAUGUACCGAACCACCAGCACCACGGUCAUCAUCAUCAUCCGCAUCACCAUCAUCAUCAUCAAGGCUACCAGGCGUCCGGUAGCGAUAGUGGUAACGGGUCUGGGGACAGUGAGUUCGAGGCGAACAAUUCUGGAGGGACCAGUAACCCUUCAUCCUCGGCUCCUAUCAAAGGUGUGGUGAUCAGAAGCCAUUACACGAUCAGCAACGACGGUACUAAUGGUAACAACGGAAACGAGUACGAGUUAUCCGCGGAGGAACAGCUGGUGGUCGCAGCGCCCUCUCUGGAGAUCACCACGUCACUGGACAUCGAGGGAUUCUCGACACUCCUAUUACCAGCUGGGGAUCACAGACCUUUGGACCCAACUGCUUUGAGGGGAGUCUCUGGGAUGCUUCACGAUUCUGCCCCAAGGGUACUGGCUUCACAUUUGACCAAAAUCGAUCUGGAACUGGCUCUUCAACCUGGCGCUGGGAACAGGAAUGGAUUGAGUGGUAUAGAACUUGCUACCCUGCCACAUGGCAGACAGGCCAGGAUGGAUCUGAUCGAAAGGUCAGAGUGUUUGAAACUGCUAGUCGCCGUGACGGUGCUAGCUGGGGCUACAGCUAUCGAAAGAGCAGCGACCAUCAGCAAGUGGAUCAAAGUGGCGAUCGACACCAAAACUGCGCUGGGGAAUUUGUAUGGGUUCUGUGGCGUGAUGCUAGGACUCUGUUUACCACAGAUCCAGAGACUGGCGAACACGUGGCAUUUGUUGAGGCAGAAACACACGGACGAAGCGUUCAGCUUCGAGGCGAAACUAAGGCCCACUCUGCGAGCCAUGAACGAGUGCACGAAUCCCCAAGCCCCGAACACCACGCUGCCACAUUUGCUGCCUAUCGCGCUGUUGGGCGAACGAGGACCUGAAGACGUGUUGGGCACUGCAGCCCCGUCCGGUCUGACGGCGGCCAUUUUGUCGCCGUGGGAGAAUUCCGCGCCGGAUUGCGGCCUGUCGAUCGUCUGGUCCCAUUUGGAAACAGCCCGAAAGAUGGCGGAGAAUCUACCAUUGUUUCGUAGAAAUGCAGAAAUCGUCCUGGAGGGUUCCAGGAGCGACGAACUGCUGUCCGACGCGUUUCGUACCGAAUUUCACAUAAAAUUCCUAUGGGGAAGUCGAGGCGCCACAGUGGCGCCGGAAGAGAGACACUUGAAGUUCACGCAGGUACUCGACGCGAUGUACGACAAGUGUUCAACGAGCGAGAUAACGGCCUAAACGACCAAAGGAGAAAUUUAUUUUAUAUAAAACCGCGAUCAGGUAGGUAAUACACAGUGUGGCCAUGAAAGAAAUGGAAUAUAUUUGAAAUUUUCUUAAAUGAUAAUUUUAUAACAUAUCGAUCUUGAACUUUGUACCUACGCGAUUCGUACUGGUACCUAAUAGGUAGGUUAGUAGGUUCUUUAAUAGAGUUUCCAAUAUAUUGCAUUUUUCUUUUGUCCACACUGUGUCAAUUCUUUGCCGGAUCGUUGUUGAUUUUUAGAAGGACUUUUUUCGAGACUACGAAGG